GUGUGUUUCAGUGUGACAUUUUUUGUUCUUUGGCAUGGGUGGGCUGUGGGUUCUGUUCCGCUGCUGCAAAGGAAAGUGAAGGUGGUGAGAGUAGAGUGACGAGUGGGGGGAGAUAUCUGAUGCCGAAGACGCUAUUGGCUGACAACACUUUGUAGCCCACUGUCUGUGACAGAGAGUGGGAUUUCCUUAACCGUUUCGUGAUGCGUAAUGACCCGACGACACCCCCCCACACACUUUCUACAUGACAAGGGUCUGAUUUGUUUAUUGCAGUCGAACAUAAUCGCUCAACUGUUAAGGGACUUUUAGAUCGAGCUUUUCGAACCUAUUCAACUCUGUUUACUUUUAGACGCAUAAACGUCUACUUCCUCAAAUACUGAAUGGCUGUUGCUGGAGCUUUCACUUUCUCUAUAGAGCGACUCGGCAAGUCACAGUGGAGAAUUCAAGGGGAAAUUUCAGCCCUGAUGGGUGGGAGUUUCCACUGCGACGGUGGAGUUACAGUGAGGGUUUGAUCUGUUGUUGUUGUAAGCACAUUAUCUCAUAUGUCAAAUGAGUGUUGGAAGUGUUUGUACAGUAGUUUUGGCACAGCGCUACUUUUACACUUUCUUCUACUUUACGGCAAACUCAAAUCAGAGUUUAACCUCACGGCUUGGUUCCUGACAGCUUCUUUUCCCUUCAACAACAACAACAAAGGUAAGCCAAGGCUUUUAUAUUUGUAAAGCUCAUUUAAAUAAUCUAUAUGCCAAGGUUACUUUUAGAUUAUCCCUCUGUUGCUGAACUUCAACACAUCCUAAUUACACUCUUGUUUAUCCUCGCCCCUGUCUCUUUUAGCGGUGUCAAAAUGAAGUUUCUUGAGCUGGAUGACUCGAUCGGUCGCUUCAGGUUUUCACAGUCCUGUUUGGGAUUAGCGGGGUGCCUGUGUGUGUGCUAUGCAGUCUGGACACCUUACUGGGUGAAGGACAGGGGACUGUGGACGGAGUGGAACGCCACUGAAAGCGACCAGACGAAUCCUAAAGAUGAUAUUGGCAUCAACGCUCUGGAAGCAGAGAGGGUCUUUGGAGUUCUCUCCUCCCUGAUGGCCUUGAGCACGGCUGCUCUGUGUCUGGUGUUUGCCCUCUGCUGGACAUCCCAGACGGUGCGCUCCUACUCAAACACUCGCGCUCUCCUCAUUGUACAAAAGGCGCUCUACCCCACUACCCUGCUGCUGUUCACCAUGGCCCCCACAGGUUUCUUCUUCCUCCUGAGCUGGUCUUUUUUCACAUAUCAGCACCGUGAAGAAAUCCGUCAGGACUUCUCCAGUCUUGGCUCCUCCUAUUGGCUGGGGGCUUUAGGUUGGACCCUGCUGCUCGUCGUGGAGCCGAUCGUCUUUAUCGUUGAACAGGCUGUCGUGCCAGACAUCCUACCUGACUUGGAGAAUGCCGUGGAGCCAUGGCGGAUUUCCUCUCCGUCUGAGGCCGACGAACAAUCUUUUAGUCAAAGUUCUCAUCCUUUUAACCCCAAAAGCAACAAGGGUGUGAUGAAAUAUAUGUCUGAAUUUUGAACGGAGUUCAGAAACAAAAAGGACAUGAAUAUGAAUAUGACGCUAAAGGAGUCAGUUUACACAUUAUUGCACACAAACUCAGCUAACUGUGCACUGAAAAAAUCCUGAAGUCAGAAGAACUGAAGUUUCCUGCUGGGCUUACUGUGGAAAUCAUUUUCUGGUUUGUUGACUGGUUCACUGGUUUGUUGAUUGAAAUGAAAUCACAACACACUAAGGACUAAUAACAUACCAACUAGUGAAAUACACAACUAAUGAUAGGUUUGCGCCUCAGCCAGGAUCAGGUCCAGAUAUAAAGGGCUCUGAGUUCAAUUUACGUAAACAAGACAUUCAGUUAGUACAUUUAUCUGAAUAGUGCUGCUGCGAUAUAUCUUACCUGAAGUCAUUGUUUUGAUCAUGUGACACUUCAAAUAGUAAUUGUCAUGUAAAACAGCGGUCCCCGGGCCUCGGACCGGUACUGGUCCGUGAGUCGUUUGGUACCGGGCCGCGAGAGUUGAGGCUCAGGUGUGAAAUG